GUUCGAGAUAUUAAAACUGCGUGAUAGUUUAUAGUAGUUUAAACUCUAAAUAUAAAUACUCUUUCGUUACUAUUCAGAUUUAUUUGAAUUAAAAAGAAUGUCUCAAGGUUCGGAAAAAUCUGCAUCUAAUCAUGACGUGGUGGAUCCUACAGGUCCUGGGACGAGAAAAGGUGUUCUUAUAUCUUUCAGAACGGGAAAAACAAUGGAAAUACCAGAAAAAGAUAUAUUAGGAAAAUGUCGUUUUGUGGGAGAAUUCGAAAAAUUAAAUCGCAUUGGUGAAGGCACAUACGGAAUAGUCUACCGGGCUAAGAACAAGGCAAAUGGCAGCAUAGUUGCUUUGAAAAAGGUCAGAAUGGAUGUGGAGAAGGAUGGUCUACCGCUGAGUGGCCUUCGUGAGAUUCAAGUGCUAAUGUCAUGUCGACAUGAGAACAUUGUGCAACUCAAAGAGGUGUUAGUUGGUCGUUCACUUGAGAGCAUUUUUCUCUCAAUGGAGUACUGCGAACAAGAUUUAGCCUCAUUACUUGAUAAUAUGUCUUCACCUUUUACGGAAUCUCAAGUCAAAUGUUUGAUGCUGCAAGUAUUGAAGGGUCUAAAGUAUUUGCAUUCCAACUUCAUUGUGCAUAGGGACUUGAAGGUGUCCAAUCUUCUUUUAACUGAUAAAGGCUGUGUCAAAAUAGCUGAUUUCGGUCUAGCUCGUUGGUUAGGCGCCCCGGCCAGAAGUGCAACGCCUCGUGUUGUCACCUUAUGGUAUAGGGCGCCCGAAUUACUUCUGCAGUCACCACGACAGACACCUGCACUGGAUAUGUGGGCAGCUGGAUGCAUUCUUGGAGAACUUCUUGCCAACAAACCAUUGCUCCCCGGAAGAACCGAGAUAGAACAGCUUGAACUUAUCGUGGAUUUACUUGGCACCCCAUCGGAUGCCAUUUGGCCAGAGUUUAGUGCACUGCCAGCGUUGCAGAACUUCACUCUGAAACAGCAGCCAUACAAUAAUUUGAAGCAGAGGUUCCCGUGGCUCUCGGCUGCCGGCUUACGGUUACUGAACUUCCUAUUCAUGUACGAUCCCAAUAAACGUGCCACGGCCGAAGAGUGCCUACAGAGUUCAUACUUUAAAGAAGAACCUUUACCGUGCGAUCCGAAAUUAAUGCCCAGCUUCCCACAACAUAGAAAUAUGAAAGGACAAACAAAGGCGACGUCAAAUCAAUUGAAUAUACCACUGUCCAAUCUUAACACGGGAGCGAACGACCAAACAAACAAUCUACCAGCUAUUUCAGAUUUACUGGGGUCGCUGGUCAAGAAACGCAGACUAGAGUAGAUAAGAUGUAUUGAUAAGUUGCGGAGUACUAAUUAGGUUAAGAAUUUACUGAUAUUUGAAAUAAAGAUUUAAUAGGU